AUGGCACCCAUCCACGUCGGCGCCCUGCUCUUCGACUACCAAGCCAUCGACGUGAUCGGCCCCUUUGAUCUCCUCAACUCCGCAAGCAAGACCCUCAUCGGCCACCUCACCGAGUACACGACUGUGAGCCCCGAUACCAUUGCCAAAGCGCCGGAGUUCAUCUUCCACCAUAUCGGCGAGACGCUGGAGCCGGUCACCCUUACCGCUGGGAUCACGCUCGUCCCGACAACGACUGUCGCUGAUGUCCCUGAGCUGGACAUCCUGCUGAUCGGCGGGGAUAGCCCAAUCCAUUCGAAUAUCCCGGAGAGCUACAAGGACUUCAUUCGCCGCCAUGUGAAGGCCGGCAAGUUGCUCUUCACCAACUGCACCGGCGCGGCGGUCGCUGCGCAGGCGGGUGUUCUUGACGGGAAGAAUGCAACGGUCAAUAACGUCGAGUACAAUUGGGUCAAGGAGCGUUAUCCCGCUGUUCGGUGGACGAAGGCACAGAAGUGGAUUGUGGACGGGAAUAUCUGGACCGGGAGUGGUGCGGUUGCAGGGAUGGAUAUGGUUGCGCAUUGGAUCAAGGAGAAUUAUGGAUUGGAUGUGUUGACUGAAGCGACGAGAGGUUUGGAUUUCGAGCCGAGGGGUGUGGAUGGAUUGUUUACUGUUUUGCCGGCGAGAUAUGAUGCCGAUGGGAAGAGGGUUUCCAGCCAUGUCUUUCCUGAGUGA